AUGGCCCCACCACCAUCCCGCCGUCUUCUCAUCUUUCAAGAAGCCCGCAAUCCCCAAAACACCGCCGAGGUCGUUUACCUCCCUGUCAACAAGCUGGGUCUUCCCAUCUGUGGGCCUGGACCGGAACUCCCUUCGAUUCUAGAAUUACCGUUGCGUAUUCUAAAGGCUUUCACAGAUAUCUUUAACCAACCGAAGUAUAAAGGAUGGUCGAUUAUGGGCGCCGGGCCUUACCAUGAUACCUCCGAAGAGGGGAAAUACUACGCAGUAGUGUUAGAGCAGGUGCAAGGGAAUUCACAGUCCCCGGACUCGAUAGUGGCUCUAUGA